CUAGAAAGGAUUAGUAGCUAUGGACCACCAGGUGUUCCUGGUAAGGCCCGUGGGUCUCACAUCUGUGAGAGGGGGCCCUGCCAGAGGAGUUACGCGACUGGUAAGGAUAGAGGAGAACGCGAUCACCUUGACCAACUUGACUCCGCAUCCAGGGCAGCCGCUUGAGUACCACUUUGAGAAUUUGUCCAAUGUAUGUCCUUCGAGUGAGGACAAUUAUGAGGUUUCCAUGGAUGUGAUCGACAGCGGGCUCACUUUGCGAUUUUCGUGCGAAGCGAGGUCUGCUCUUCUUACUGCUCUACUCAAUCGCUUGGACGAAGUCAAUGGCAUUGGUACGGACUUCUUCCUCCAAAAGCACAGUAACCAACGCGGUGGACUCGCCGACACCGUGUUACGUGUUAGAAGUGCAUCGCUCGUCAAAAUGGUCAGCACAGGAGUUCGACAAGAACGACGCAGAGUCAACCCAGCAAAGAAGGUGAACUUCCAGGACAUCAUUAAAAUGGAAACUCUUAUCGAUGACGAGCACGUUGUGCUCCUGUAUCUCAAGUCCAGAGUAAUGAGACUUUCCCUGAAGGACUCCCUUCCAUUUCUACAAGCGGUACAACGAAACAUGAAGACCUAUUUGAACAAGGAGAUGGAGAUUGAGAAGAUCACGACGCCCGUCAUGGUUGAGAAUGUUGCUGCCUACUUGCGGAAAGUUAGGGAGUCUCCUGUCUUAUACGAGUUUCAAGUCAUCAAACGACUUGAUGUUCAAAGACAAGAGCGGGAGCGCACUUUGUGCCUGACGAAGGACUACUGCAUUGAGAAAUCUGGAGACGAAGUCAUAGGUGUGCACAGUUUGAAUGAUGUGGUAGGUGUGGUUGCAAAUGACAAAAAUCCUAAAGAGGUGAUUCUUGAGCUGAAAUCAUGGAGAGCAACACAAUACCACAUCGAGGAAAAGGACGACUUUAUCGCCUGUUUGGCAUCAAUCAUGGAUGUGAAUAGAGGUUCUGAGUUCAGCGUUCGUUCAGAACCUUUCUUCCCCUUCACGCUUCCAGACAAAUCACAUCCGGUCUACCAGAAUGAACUAGAGGUAUACUUCAUUGGUCGUCUUAUGGCUGUUUACAAUAACAGCCGUGACCCAUCUCUCCUGAACCACCUGUUGAAGGAGUAUGCCUGCAAUAUACACGUGGGGGAUUCACAGUGUGCCGAUCCAAAGGUUGUGCAAGCAGUAGCCGACAUUCUGAAAGAUUGUCUCGGGAAUUCUGGGCAGGGUCAAGAUGUGGUUUGCGCGACAACGUGCUGUAUUGUACUUCAAAGACUUUGUUCUUCAAGAGCUUGCUUUGAAGCUGUAAAAUAUAUGUCCGAUUUGGCACCGAUACUCAUACAGUGUAUGCGAUCAGAGAGUGCGGUCUUAGCUUAUCUCGCUGCGGGUGUCGUCAGAUCAGCCCUCAAGCUGCCAGUUGACUCUUCAGGAAACGUAGAUGCUGUGAACAUCGCGAAGCAUGAGUUGGCAAAUAAGCUUAGCCUACUAAGUGCUGAUAACUUACAGCAACUUGUAGCUCUACUUCAUACACAUUCACUCUCGAAGUCCCAUAUAUUGCAGAUUGUGGGUCUUCUCGAGAUAUUUACCCUGGCCCUGAGUACUCAGCCAACAGAGAGUGAAGUGGGACGGACAUGGAUCAAGGCAUACGAGUCCUCGAUUAUGGCAGCCGCAGAUGUUCUGUGUGCAAUAAGUAGAUCUCCUAGUCCCGUGGUCUUCCACAGUAACUCAGUGUUGCUGAAAGCACUUUUGACGAAGACUUCUCCAGUUGUAGCGAGCCAUUUGCAAAAAGUUUGCCUUGGGAAGUGUGUGGUUCUGCUGCAUCUGAAGAACGCGAUUUUCUCGAAGAAGCAACACACGAGGGAGUUGAGUGGGAACCUCGUUUAUCUUAUGCUCGAAGGCAAUAAGGAGUCGCGGAAGCUUCUUGAAGCGCUACUUCCGAGGGGCGUGAUGCACUUGUAUGCUACAAAGGCCGCGGAAAUGACUCUUGCAAACAAGGAAAGAACGUCAAGCAGGUUUCCAGCCUGGAUGGAAACUUUGGAGACCUUAAGACUACAUCAGCUUGAGACACCUGGACUAGUGUGGAAUGACAUCAAGAGACAAGAACUACAACAGUUUCUCAGGGACGAGGUUGAGGGUUUUGAUGCUGCUUCAGCAAGCAAUCGAGAGUUGGUGUAUAACAGUGCAGAUGUACAGCUCGUUUAUUCGAGCGCUAGUGAGGGUAACGGUUCUGUCAUUGGUGGAGUCCACUUGGAACUUCUUGUGGAUUUCUCCCCUCCUCCGGACAAUCCCAAAACCAGCUUCUGGAAGCUACGAGAUCCUCUAUCUCUGUUCCAGUCGGUAUUCCAGGCCAUGGUUCUCGGCUUUACUCCUCUCUAUGGACACAACCAUUUACCAGAGGUUGAUCUUCGGUUGACGGCACAUGUUCUCACCUGGCUGUAUGAGCGUCACGCUGAGCAGGUCAACUUCUGUGUUGAGACACUGAAUGUGAUCGAGACUGCCGUAGGGAUGCUGCGAGAAAUAUAUGAGAGCGAACACCAGGUGCUCGUCUUCAAGUUGGUUGUGUUUCUGCUGGCUACAGUGGAGUACGGAGGGCGGGAUAACGUACUUCGUUUUAUUCGAGCAGGCGGUGCCACUGUUGUUGUUCCUUUGGUUGUAUUUUCACUUGCUAAGUGCUGCAGAGAUUCUCACAGCUUCGAGUGCGACGCAUGGAACGCAAAGGAAAUCAAAUCGCGAGGCGCAAUAGAAACAGUUACUGUGUUGGGUCCCAACGGAGAGACGAGGCUCGUACGAAUUCCUUCUGGAAGGUCACGAGAAGUAUUGGACAGGGCUGUACAAGAUGGAAGCUUAGAUGCGAAAGAGGCUAUCAAGUGGUCGGAUGACAAAGUUCCAGACAAAAUUCAGUUGGGCUUGGCACUGGAUUUGUUGGAAGCUCUGCUGAGACUUUCUGGAAGUGACAGCAACGUAGAGCACUUCCCACCGUCCGAGGUAGUAUCUUACUUGUCGAGAGAGGAGCUAUUUUGCCAUCUUGUGCAGACUUUGCUGCGAGCAAAAACUCCAAGUUUUGGGAGGAUUCUGGAGAUUGUUGCUUCUUUGACGAAGGCAAACAAGAAGGCUAUGGCGCGGCUUUACAAGCUUGGGGCUUUUGAAAUCCUGAUGUGGAAACUUCUUGCAGGGGAUAUUCAUCCAACUGACAAGAUUUUGAUAGCCAAGUUUUUACAGCAGACCCAUCUUCAUCAGGACCCAGACUCCCUUCUCAAUGAGAAUGGGGCCCGAUCCAACCAGGAACAUUCGCCAUGGCAGGAUAGUAUUCUUCGGCUGUAUCUACCAGAAGGGUUCAUUUUGAAGCUCAUAUCAGAGGGACCUGAGUCUUUUAUCUCUCUGUUGAAAACCGAGCAAGAUGCACCCGAGGUCAUUUGGAGUGAUGAUAUGCGGAAACGCUUGCUGGAGCAUCUUACGAAUGAGCUGGAGCCGUAUGUGAAAUUUAGAGCAACAGAUCCUAUGGCACUUUAUAUCCACAUUCCGAGAUCUCCGCUAACGUAUCCAGAACUUGAUGAGUCAGUGUUCGCAGCUCCGUUCUACUUACAAAACCUACUCGAUGACAAGCGAUAUCCUUCGUAUUUGAUUAACGAUCCAGUAGGCUUCUUCAAUAGUCUUCUGUCGCAUCUGCGGAAGUCUGUUGCGGACUUGAACGCCGCUGGUCCAACUGGUUCCGCUACUGUGUGGCGUAAGCAGAUGCCUCGCAUCCAUCUUCUUCUUCAGUCUCAGGCUCUUCUUCUGGAGCGUUACCCGCAGUUGCUUCUACCAGAUGAUUUAGAAACUGUGGCAGUAGACCUUGCCACUCCAGCACUCAAGACUUGUCUUGCACAGAAGGAUGACGUGCCUGUCAUGGUGACUGACAUCCUACAUCAAGCAACAAGAAUUUUGAGGAGAAUUUGCUUCGUGCUAGCCAAAGAGAAUCAGGUCCCACCCGGUAGCCUCAAUUUUGCUCUCAGCGUUUUGUCGCUCGGAACGAAGUUGAAGUCAGAAGAAGAGUUCGAGGAAACGGGUAGUAGCAUGUCUAGUCUGGAGUCGGCCGUGGCAGGUUCACUGUUUGUUUUGGAGAAGGCGUCCUCAACAGGACCGGGAAGAGAGCUACUUCGGGACGACAUACGAUGGAGAAAGGGGUUUUGGUGGGCUCUUUGUACAGCAGCAGAAGAUGCUGCUGCCAUCCCACCCAGGGGCCCAAGCCCUAUCUCCUUCGCUGCUCUAGGUUGCUUGAAGCACUUUGCUGAGGAUGAGAACUUUUGUGACCGUAUCAUGAAGCAGGCCCUUUAUCUUCCUCUGCUACUACUCGCAGUUCCGCCAGUAGAUGCUGCUGUGAAGGCUCAAGAUUCAAAGUCUGCUCUUUUGUACUCAGCCGCAGAUGUCUUAGGUUCUCUUAUUCGGAUGCUCGGCCAAGCUGGAGGACCUAGUCCGAGCCCUAGACAGGAGUUAGGAAGGGGGAUAAUCUCCAAACUGAUUCCUGUACCACUAUUGUCGUCAUUGGAUCAAGAUGAGGGAGUAGAAAAGUUUUUGAGUCUUGUAUCUACUGAUAUCGUGGAGCCUUUGGCCAUGUGGACCGAUGACGUUCGGACAGAACUUCGAACUCGUCUGGACGAGCGCCUUCAGGAGUACAAUUCUAUGCUUGCUUCUGGAACUGCACCUCCUAUUGACGAACUUGACUGGUUGCAAGAGUUCCAGUAUGAAGCUUUGAAGGGAGAACUCGUAAUAGGCGGACUAUUCGUGAAGUCCCUAGCUGCUGGCCAGUGGGGUACCUCCAGUCUUCCAGCUGGACAUGCGUUUCUGGACGCCCUGCUCGACUAUUUGACCGAACAUCAAAACGUUGUUUUGCAGCAAGAGGAAGAAUCAGUAGACGAAGAAAAGGUCGCUGAGUACCUGACAGUGUCGAGCGCUCUUCGCGAAUGCUUGAAGUUUGCUCUCAAGAGUGAGAGGGAAGAGCUUUUGGAAUUUGUGAAGCCAUCACUAUUUGCCAAGAUCUUAGUCGGAGGAAAGAGUCUUGCCAGUGCACGUCUUGAGGUUGCUUUAUUGGUUAAAGUUCUUGCGGAGAACAAUGCAGGAAGGGAUGCCGUGUUGCAAUCUGAGCUGAUGAAGGGUCUUACCGUCCAACUUUGGGAAGCUGCCACAGGUUCUAAAGACGCCGAGGAGAUCCUCAUAGAAACACUGGAUGCUCUACGGGUGCUUAGCGAAAGGAUUCCUGCUACCGUGGCUGCGACGAAUCACUUCGCCAGUAGCGGAGUGCUCUUGCCUCUGUUAGCCCUCUUCUGUAAAGCAGAGUUGCCCCAACUGAAGAAACCUGUUGAAGAUGGGGAGAAGAAAGGCGACGAAGAUUCGGAGACGAAAGUUACAGAAGUAAAGGUCGCAAGUGUUUCUUCUGAAGCUAGAAUUCUGGCUGCCCAGACCCUUGGUCAGCUUUUGCUAGCUGGAAGUGGAGUCAGCCGUCGCUCGAAGUUGUUGAAGGAUAUCUCGCAACGGAAGUUGAUGGCAAACGGGGCAGCCAAUGGCCACUCCCAUUACGACGAAGGAAUAGGUGAAGCGACGGACAUGUAUGAGCUGAUCAAUGUUAUCGAACCCAAUGCCAGUGAUAACAGAUCGGAACCUCUUGUCAUUCGAACGCUUCUCCUUCUGUUGCCUGUGGACCUGCUAUCGACUCUUGCUCGGGAUCCGCAUGAUGCUUGUAAGAUGUUUGAUGGAUCAUACCUGUCACCUAGACUUGUGUGGGACGAAGAAACCCGGCUCAGAGUAAAAGGAAUCCUGUUGAAGGAAGCUGCAAAGGUUCAGGAUACAGUGAUUGCAAAAGGUGUAGCAGAUUUCCCUUCGUGGUCUCUGGUUCGUGGACGACCUGUGUUCUUGCGGUGGAUUUUGGUAACAAUUUCAGACAACGAGACGAGGCCAUUGUUCAGAGAGGACGAAGGAGAUGACUAUGCUCUGGAAAUGUACCUGGGUGGAUUUUUCGUGGACCAAUUUCUGAGAAACCCUGAGUAUGAUUUCGGAGGCGUUCUCGAGGAGAGGUUCUCACGCGAGAUUCGAAAGGCGGUGGUCAUAGGAGCUCCCUCCGACGGAAUAAAUGCUGAUCAAUUCAACUUCGAUGAUCGAAGACGCCUGCUACUGGCCUUGCUGCUGCUCUUCAAGGGUCGCCCAGCACUCCUAUCAGGGCAUUCCAAUAUUGAUAUAUUCUUUCCAGUUUAUGAUUUUGUGAGCGGAGGCAGUGGCACAGAACGAAGGGCUCUUUCGCAAGCUGCCAUGCUCCUGUUUCAUUGCACUGCCAACCAUCCUGAUAUUGCGGAUUGUAUGAGCUCCUCUGAGUUGAUAUACACAUUAGCUACGUUUCUAGAGUUGAAGGUUCCGCAGGCUGAGGCAGGCAACGCAGGAACAGAUCCGAGAUUAUGUAGUCUCAUGCUCUUGCUACGGUUGAUGCGCCUUAGUAGUUCUACCGUGGAGAUUGGUCUCAAACUAGGAUUUGUGUCAAAGGUUGCUGACAUUGUUCUGGAUCUCGAUGACUCCGUUGUUGUGCGUCAGCGGGCAGCUGAGUGUUUGGCCAUUAUGUGUGCUGACAAAAGAAAGGGACCAGAGGUUUCGAGGUUGUUGGACAAGUUGAUUCCUGAAAAUGCUAAAGGCUACGGAGCUUGGAAUAUACCGUUGGGCAACAUACGAGAUGAGAUCAUCGAUUCCAAGACACUGAAGCACUUUCUGCAGCAUAGGUUUCCUUGUAGCUGGUGGACCCUUGAUACUCCCGAAGGCACAACUGUGGCUGAGUUAGAGCAAACAGGCCCAAUCACUGUUGUGGAUGCCUCGGUGACUUUCCCCAAAGCAAAACUUGCGGAUUUUAAUGACGAGGCCGAAGCGGUAUUCAGAAGAAGCGUCGCAGCCAUGGCUCAUGUCGAGCCAAGAGAUGUGCACAUUUUGCGUAAGCGAGCGGGGAGUGUGAUGGUUGACUUCCAAGUUUUCUUCCAGCGCAACAGAAAUGAGUCUGGGAGAGGCUACCACUAUCGGGAACCUGAGGUUGAAGCGCGCGCUUUCAAGGAGCUCCUCGAAAUGGAAGGCAGGGAGCUGUUUGCGACAAGAUUCUUUGAGUCGAUGGGAACACCCAAGGUUACUUCUAUUGCGUUGAAGCACAUACCAGCAAAAUCUCAGUUUCCAACUGCGGACAUGAAUGGCGGAUCCUUUCAUUCGGACUCAGAAAAGGGGAUGCCGACCGUGCAGAUUGUGUACAUGUCCGGGGGUCAAGCUCCACCGCUCUCCAAGAACGGGUCAGACAAGGACUUAAACGUGAUCUACGUGCAAGGGAAUCAAACUCCAGAGCAGCUGCUUCGGGCCUCUGGGAUGGACAUUGGAGAUCAGCACAAUUUUGUGAUGCAACAGCAGCCUCAGAUAGUAUACCAGCUACCUCCAGGCAGUAUGGGGGGUACCCAACCACAGGUCAUUUAUCAAGCCCCACCACCUAUGAUGUCUCCCGGUCAAACUCAAAUUUUAAGUCAAGCACCUCAGUUUCCAUCUCCUUUGGGCCUGCCGUCUUCUUUACCAUCGUCAUUAGGCAUGCCUCCUGUAAUUUAUCAAAUGGCUCCUCAAGAUAUGAGGAGCCAGCCUCCUAUGAUACAUGAUAUGGCAAUGAGUGCCUACACUUCUAUGCCGUUUGUAGAUUCUUCUUUUUCAUAUUCUGGAGGCCCUGCAUUACCUCCUAUUGCAAUGCAAGCUGCAUAUACUGCUUCAACUACACAGCCCAGUAUGCCUUUACCAAUGGCACUUCCCACUUCUCUACCGUAUGCCAAUGCUUCAAUGAUCCCUCCUCCUCCUCCUCCAGUAGCUUCCAAUGCGUCUGGACACCCUCCAGCUCCGCCGGCUACUCCACCACCCCCAGCUUUUGCACCUCCUCCACCUCCUCCACCUCCGGGUCGAGCUGGUGUUCCCGCGCCUCCACCCCCUCCACCUCCACCUCCUGGUGGAGUUAGUCGAGGCCCUCCGCCCCCACCACCUCCUCCAGGUGGACUUAGUCGUGGUCCACCACGACCACCACCACCUCCUCCUCCUCCAGGUGUAGGUGGUAGACCACCACCUCCACCACCCCCUCCUCCUGGAGGACUAAGUCGAGGUCCUCCUCCUCCUCCCCAUCCUCCCAAAGGCCUACUAAGUAAUGGUGCCCCUCCGGCCAUUGCUCCGUCUGCUAAACCAGUACAGCCAGCACAGCCAACUCCCUCACCUACACUUCCUACAGCAGCUGCUGAUACCACCGGAGGAGCCACAAUGGUGAAAUCCGAAGAAGGAAAAAUGGUUCCUCUAGCUAUGGGUGUUAGUUUAGUGCUGGAAGGAGCUGAUAUCACAGUGGAAAAUAGAGAUCUUGCAAAAUCGAACUUCCUUGAAGCAUUUGAGGAAGAUGAAGGUGAGCUAGGAAGGAUGGUUGAGAAAUACCCGAAGUUAGUACAAAAAUAUGCUUUACAACCGCAGCUUUGCUAUGAUUUGAUGUGUGCGUGGGAGGAGAACUGCUUGGAUCUACUUCAACCAGAAGAAUUGGCUAAGAAUUUGCGGUCGAUUGCAGCAUUUGAUAUUUGCCGGCUGGAUGACGCAACGCUUGCUGCUGAAGAGGCCAAAAAGAAGUUUGCUGCAAUUUUGAAGAUUCGCAAAGAAAAGGAGUGGAAAGAGAAGAGUAAGCAAAUAAAGGGAGACAUGUCCGCAGAGCUGGCAAGGGCUGUUGGGGGCAGAAAGGAGAAAAUGAACGUUGAGAAUGCACAAGACGAGUUGAAGACAAUGUCAAAGGGCAAGAUUCAGAGAAAGAAAAAAUCUCAAACAGGUUCAUAAUAUUGUAAAUCUAGAGGUUGACUUCAAUCUAGUUUGUAUGUUAGUGCGCAUUUUCCCAGCUCAUUUAUUCCAUUCUUACGUGUAGAUGUUAGUAGAUCUAACAGCUUCUACCGCACACACCAAGUAGUGGAUCAUGUUACCACUGUUGGUCGAUUACAAUUUGCAAAGGGAAAUCAUACCAGGGCGCUGGUCCAAUUUUAUUGUAAGGAUGUAGUUUACAAGUUGUUUACGGCACGGAAACACAUUAGUGUUUCCUUUAGUGUGUACGAAAUACUUAGAAUUAGAAUUAUUCUUGAGGAGGCACGGUCAUUGAGUUGGAUCGGAGUAUUGAAAGGAAGAGAUCAUUUCAAAAAGGAAGGUGAAGGUCUGUAGUGUCGGUCAGUUCUCGUCUUCUGAGAGUUCUGUGAUGUAAAACGGCAAAUUUUGACUGGAGAUCCCAUUUUGAUUGGGAAAAUGGUUGUGGAGACCACAACAAAUUUACAGAGUUAAUGGUUCCGCCCUACGGGGUGGACGAUUACCAAUGAUUACGAGCCACGUUCGGUCAGCUAGUACUUGACCUAGGAUCUUUCGCUCGGCGGAAGAUGCCCGCGUGCCUACUCUUAUCGUUACACAAUGGUGCAUCUUCCACCAUAUGAUAUGUCACUUGUUUUGCUGCUGGAGGGUGUGCACUUUCACAAAUGCUGGCUUCAUCCGUGGAUGCUGUAGACACCUACAGUAGUAAACCUGUACAGCAUAGUAUCUAUCUGAUAGUCUUGACAGAAAGGCAGGCCAGCAGACAGGAGCAGCUAGCCAGCCAUGGAUGGGGAGAGGCAUGAACUGGACGAAUGUAAAUAUUUUCCGGAUGAUUGACGCUGUCAUUCUUAUAAUGAGUAUUGGGGAGAACCAGGAGAGUGGAAAUUUUGUUGAUCAUGGUCUGAAUCGGAGUGAGGACUGCUUUGGGUUUAGUGCUGAGGAUUCAAGCUGAGAUCUGAUGACCCAACGAGAGCAAACUGUGAUAGCAAUGUUCUAAGCAUGAGGCGUGCAUGCGAACUGGCCCGGCCAUCUCUAUUUCCGAGACGGACUAAUUCCUUCGCCAUAUUACCCAAGCGCGUAUUCGUCGAUACCUUGGUUUCCAUUUUCAAUCUACCGCUGUACUGUAUGGAAGCCUGGCCCUCGUAGAUUGUGACCACCACAGUCGGUGCCCGAGAAACGAACGGACCGAUGGGUUGGUGAAGCUGUAGUUAGAGAUCAC